GGGAGCGGGCCCGACUCGCAGGACCGGGCCCGGGCCGCGCCGUUGGGGAGCGGGCCCCGCGGGGCGGGGCGGGAGCCGCCGCCGAGCCUUCCGGCAGCCGCGACCAUGUCGGACCCGGCGCCCAAAGUUCCCGACGAGAUGUUCCGGGAGGUCAAGUACUACGCGGUGGGCGACAUCGACCCGCAGGUUAUCCAGCUUCUGAAAGCUGGGAAGGCAAAGGAAGUGUCCUACAACGCGCUGGCCUCACACAUAAUUUCGGAAGACGGGGACAACCCUGAGGUUGGAGAAGCCCGAGAGGUCUUCGACUUACCUGUCGUCAAGCCGUCGUGGGUGAUUUUGUCCGUCCAGUGUGGAGCUCUCCUGCCAGUCAAUGGUUUUUCUCCAGAGUCAUGUCAACUCUUCUUUGGAGUCACUGCCUGCCUCUCCCAGGUGUCGUCUGAAGACAGGAGCGCCCUGUGGGCCCUGCUCACUUUCUAUGGGGGGACCUGCCAGCUGCACCUCAACAAGAAAUGCACGCACUUGGUUGUCCCCGAACCGAAGGGGGAGAAAUACGAAUGUGCUUUAAAGAGAGCAAGCAUUAAAAUUGUCACCCCCGACUGGGUCCUGGAGUGCAUAUCCGAAAAGACCAAGAAAGAUGAAGCGUUUUACCACCCUCGCCUCGUUAUUUACGAAGAGGAGGAGGAGGAGGAGGAGGAGGAGGAGAACGAGGAGCAGGACUCGCAGAACGAGGGCAGCACGGACGAAAAGUCGAGCCCUGCUAGCUCGCAGGAGGGGUCUCCGGGCCACCUGCAGUUCUCGCCCACGUCAAACGCCGAGAAGGCCAAGGGCGAGUUGAUGUUUGACGAUUCCUCAGAUUCGUCACCGGAGAAACAGGAGCGAAAUCUGAACUGGACCCCGGCCGAAGUGCCACAGGUGGCCACGGCCAAGCGCAGGCUGCCCCCGGGGAAGGAGCCCGGCCUCAUUAACCUGUGUGCCAACGUGCCGCCCGUCCCGGGCACCGUCCUCCCCCCCGACGUCCGGGGCACUUUACUGGCUCCGGGACAGAACCUGCAAAGUUCCGAAAGAUCAGAAAUGAUCGCUACUUGGAGUCCGGCCGUGCGGACGCUGAGAAACAUUACCAAUAAUGCUGAUAUUCAGCAGAUUAGCCGACCGUCAAAUGUAGCACACAUCUUACAGUCCCUUUCAGCGCCCACGAAAACCUUAGAGCAGCAGGUGACCCACAGCCAGCAGGGCCACGCCAGCGCCGGCGCCGUGCUGUUCGGCCACGUGAAGGUGGCCCCGGAGCCGCCGCCGCCGCCGCCGCCGCACCCGGUCCUGCACCUCCCGCCGCAGCAGAUCCUGCAGCUCCAGCCGCAGCCGCAGAUGCCCCAGCAGCCCUAUGCCCCGCCGCAGCCGCACCCCUUCCCGCAGCCGCCCCCGCACCGCCCGCAGCCGCCCCUGCAGCAGCAGCAGCUCCAGCAGCACCUGCAGCACCUGCAGCAGCAGCAGCUGGCCCAGCUGCAGCGCCUGCACCUGCAGCAGCAGCACAUGCACGCGCCCGCCGCGCCCCCGCUGGGCCAGCCGCCACAGCCCCCUCCGCCCCCGCACCAGACCCCGCACCAGCUCCAGCCCCAGCACCAGCCGCAGCCCCAGCACCAGCCGCAGCCGCAGCCACAGCUGUUUGGACACGACCCGGCCGCGGAGAUCCCCGAAGACGGGUUCCUGCUGGGGUGCGUGUUUGCAGUGGCCGACUACCCGGAGCACAUGUCGGACAAGCAGCUGCUGGCCACCUGGAAAAGGAUAAUCCAGGCACAUGGCGGCGCCGUGGACCCCACGUUCUCAAGCCGGUGCACCCACCUCCUCUGCGAGAGUCAGGUCAGCGGGAUGUACGCGCAGGCGAUCCGGGAGAGGAAGAGGUGUGUCACUGCGCACUGGCUCAACACCGUCCUGAAGAAGAGGAAGAUGGUGCCGCCCCACCGUGCCCUUCACUUCCCGGUGGCCUUCCCGCCCGGGGGGAAGCCGUGUUCUCAGCACAUUAUUUCUGUGACUGGAUUUGUCGACAGUGACCGAGACGACCUGAAGCUCAUGGCCUACCUGGCGGGCGCCAAGUACACGGGCUACCUGUGCCGCAGCAACACGGUGCUCAUCUGCAAAGAACCGACCGGUUUAAAGUACGAGAAGGCCAAGGAGUGGAGGGUGCCGUGCGUGAACGCCCAGUGGCUCGGUGACAUCCUCCUGGGGAACUUCGAGGCGCUGAGGCAGCUCCACUACGGUCGCUACACGACGUUCAACCUGCAGGAGCCCUUUGCCCCGACCCCGCACCUGGUUUUGAAUCUUCUGGAUGCCUGGAGGGUCCCGCUGAAGGUGUCGGCGGAGCUGCUGAUGGGCGUGAGGCUGCCUCCCAAACCGAAGCAGAAUGAGGUGACCAACGUGCAGCCUUCUUCCAAAAGAGCCAGAAUUGAAGAUCUACCGCCUCCCACAAAAAAGUUAACACCAGAAUUGACCCCUUUUGUGCUUUUCACUGGAUUCGAGCCUGUGCAAGUUCAACAGUAUAUUAAGAAGCUCUACAUCCUCGGGGGCGAGGUCGCCGAGUCUGCGCAGAAAUGCACACACCUCAUCGCCAGCAAAGUGACACGCACGGUGAAGUUCCUGACGGCCAUCUCCGUGGUGAAGCACAUUGUGACGCCCGACUGGCUGGAAGAGUGUUUCAAGUGUCAGGCGUUUAUUGAUGAGCAGAACUACCUCCUCCGCGACGCCGAGGCCGAGGUGCUGUUCUCCUUCAGUCUGGAAGAGUCCUUGAAGAGGGCGCAUGCCGCUCCGCUCUUCAAGGCAAAGUACUUCUACAUCACGCCUGGAAUCUGCCCGAGCCUGUCGACCAUGAAGGCGAUCGUGGAAUGUGCGGGGGGAAGAGUAUUGUCCAAACAGCCGUCGUUCCGGAAGCUCGUGGAGCACAAGCAGAAUAAGAGCUUGUCAGAAAUCAUCUUGAUAUCCUGCGAGAACGACCUGCACUUGUGCCGGGAGUACUUCGCCCGGGGCAUAGACGUCCACAACGCGGAGUUCGUGCUCACCGGAGUGCUCACGCAGACGCUGGACUAUGAGUCCUAUAAAUUUAACUGAUGGGACCUGCGCGGUGACUGGAGUCCCGGCCGCGCCGCGCAGGACAGACCUGCUUCCUGCAGAGGCCGGCGUGUGAGCGGGAAGACGAGUAGAUCAUCUAUGCUGCAUCUCUUUAAGAUGUGUGAUUUUAUUCUGAGGAAACAUAAAUUAUGUUGUGUAAUAUAUGAAUUUAUGAGCCCACAUUAGGUUUUAUGAUUCAUUUGCCAGGUUUUUAAAAUGUUUUCACAACACUGUUAACAGAAUUUCAGCUACAAAUAAAAUGAUGUAAAUAAAAACCUUGCUAUCUCUAAAUUAUGGAUGUUAAAGAUUUGAAAUGUUUUGUACUUUGAUUAUUUUUAUUUCUUAUACUUUUUUCUUUUAUAUUGAUAUCUUGCCCACAUUUUAAAUAAAUGUA